AUGACCCCUCCCCGCGCCCCGAUUGGCGGUGCCCGGCUGCACGUGCGGGGCGGGGCUGCGGGCGGGGGUCGGUGCCGGGACGCGGAGGAGUCACUGCCGCCCCGUGGGACUGGAGCGGAGCAUGCGAGGCCUGCAGCUGAGAGGAGACUCAGGGUAGCUCACUACACCUCAUUGCUGAUCCAGUCAUACAGGUCACAGACGAUGGAGUUCCUUGGGAAGUCUGACCAUUAUUCUUCCUUGGCCAAGCUCCUCUCAAUCUACCAAGCAACCAACAGGACAACCUUCAACUGGACAGACAGCCGCAUUGUUGAGUGGGAGAAGUUUGCUGAGCUGGCGAAAUAUGAGCCAGAAUCCCAGAAGCCAACAGUGAAAGCUCUCCUCAUCGUGGCAUACUCAGUCAUUAUCAUCAUGUCUCUCUUUGGGAACAUGCUGGUGUGUCACGUGGUGCUGAAGAACAAGAGGAUGCACUCUGCUACCAACCUCUUCAUUGUCAACCUGGCUGUGUCUGACAUUAUGAUCACCCUGCUCAACACACCUUUUACCCUGGUUCGGUUUGUGAACAGCACGUGGGUCUUCGGCAGGGCCAUGUGCCACAUCAGCCGCUUCGUGCAGUACUGCUCCCUCCACGUCUCCACGCUGACCCUGACAGCCAUUGCCCUGGACAGGCACCAGGUCAUCCUGAACCCUCUGAAGCAGAGGAUGUCACUGACGAAGGGAGUGCUCAGCAUCUCUGUCAUCUGGCUGAUGGCAACCUGCUUCUCCCUACCCCAUGCCAUCUAUCAAAAGCUUUUCCAGUAUAAUUACAGGGAAGCCACUGUCCGGAGUCUGUGCCUCCCAGACUUUCCUGAACCUGCAGAGCUGGUCUGGAAGUAUCUGGACCUGUCUACCUUUCUCCUCCUUUACCUCCUGCCUCUGCUAAUCAUCACUGCCACCUACACGCGGCUGGCCAGGAAGCUGUGGCACCGCAAUGCCAUCGGGGACGUCACCACCCAGCAGUACGUCGCCCACCACAAGAACAAGAAGAAGAGCAUCAAGAUGCUGGCGCUGGUGGUGGUGGUCUUUGCCGUCUGCUGGUUCCCUCUCAACUGCUACGUGGUGCUCAUCUCCAGCCUCAGCAUCCGGGCGAGGAACUCUCUCUAUUUCGCCCUGCACUGGUUUGCCAUGAGCAGCACCUGCUACAACCCCUUCAUCUACUGCUGGCUGAACGAGAGCUUCCGCUCCGAGCUCCAGGCCCUGCUCUGCAUCUGCCAGAAGGUGCCCCGGCCCCAGGACAACCUGCAGCCGCCCACCGCCACCUCCUGCCGCGAGGCCUGGAUGGAGCAGGGCGGGCACAGGAAGGGACCUGCCUCGCAGACUGCUUGCUCCACCAUAAACCUGCGGCCAGCCAGCACGGACCUGUGA